AUGGAGAAAAUUGCUGUUGCAAAUGCCAAUACUCCAAAAAAUAGAACAUUAUCAAUGGUUUUAUCCUUUACUAGAAAAAGGAUGACUAUUGGAUUCAUAAUGCUCUUUUUCAGCAUAUUUUUAUUUUUCGGAACAUAUCUCUUUUCAGAUAAUGAUUCAGACAUAGAUGAUGAAAUAUAUGAAACAAAAAACAGUCAAAGUAGUACAAAUACAACCCCGCAACAAGCAGAUCAUCACGUUAUUCAAGAAACAGAAGCUAAAGUUAGUCUUAAAAAGAAAAUAUUUAUAGGAAUCAUGACAUACAGAAAUGAAGCAAGUGAUAUUGGCGCUAUUAUUGAUACCUGGGUCCCAAGAAUUUCAAGAAAAAUCUUUUGUGAUGGAAUUCAUUUUAUUUCAGAUGUCCCUAUAUACGUUAAUUUGUACGAUAGCGUUCUUAUUAAAACAAUGUAUGUUAGAACAGAAGAAGAAAAAUAUUUUAUGAAAUUUGUUAAAUCCCUUGAGAAAUUUACAAAUGUUUCAAGAGCACUCUGGUACGUAAUGACGCCAAUUAAUUCAUACUUAAAUCCAAAAGGAACUUCUCGAUUUGUUGAUUUGUUAUCAGGAUUUGAUCCAAUGAAAGAAGAAAAAAUAUUCGCUUUAUGUACUAGUAAGCAAAGUUGCUUCUAUGCUAUAUCUCGCUUAGCUACAAAAUCACUUCUCGAAGUUUCAACAAAUAUAACGGAAUUUGGCAAAAAAUUACAAGAAAAAUCAGAACCAUUUCCAUUCCCCGGAAUAAUACAUUCAAAUAUAACAAUAUCUCCUGACAUGAAAAUGUUUUGGGACCAUUCUUAUGCAGAUGCAAGGAAAUGUCAGACAGAUCAAGAAAAAAUUCUGAAAUUGAGUGACUCUUUUGCAUUUAUAUAUGAAACACUUAAGGAUUCAAACAUGCCGCCUUUACUUGAAGGAGGAAUUCGAAAUUUUGGACAUGGAUACAUUAGUGAAGUGAACGGAAAGGUAACUCUUUGUGUAAAAUAG